GUCGGUAAAACAGACUGAUCAUAUGCCCUUAAAAGUUAUUUCAAUCAGGUGUGUGACAUGUGUAACAUUGCAGAGAAGAAUUGUCUGCUGCGGUGUUCGCUCGAUUUCAUCUACUCAUCAAUGUAUUAGCGAUCUUUCAAUUGAUAAAGCGUUCAAUACUUGCCUCGACUACCAUCGUUACUUUACGUUUAUUUGAUAUAAGUGUCAGACCUGAUAUUCAUUGUUCAUUACCAGCGGCUUAAUUAAUUUCGGUAAUAUGGCUCUCAGCUACACAAGGUUACUUUGUAGACGGAACUUGGGUGUCAAUGGGUUUCGAGGGUUUUACACCAGCAAGAACCUAGCCGUUUCCACAUCAAACACUGCAUUAGAAAAAGUAGCAGUUCAUGAGAAUCACGAUGAGAAGAAUAUGCGUCUCAAAAGACCGAUGUCUCCCCACUUGACCAUUUAUCAAGUGCAAAUAACUACUCUGCUUUCAAUCUCACACAGAGCUACAGGAAUAGCGCUGUCUGGUUACGCAGCAACAAUUGGAUUGAGUACUCUUUUUAUGCCUGGUGGAAUGCCAUGCAUGAUUGAAGCUGUGCACGCGUUAUGUUUACCAGCAGUUGCGAUUGCGCUUGGUAAAACUGCUCUUGCUUUUCCAGUAGCAUUCCAUUUUUGCAACGGAAUUCGUCACUUGGCUUGGGACUUGGGAGUGUUUCUCAGUAUAAAGGAUGUUUAUACCACGGGCUAUGUGAUGGUCCUCGCAGCUGCUGCUCUGUCUGUGGUAUUAGCAAUCCUUUAAAAGUUUUUUGAAUUUAAAAUGUAUUUAUUGAAAGUUGAGCAACUGAAGUGAAAUCAUUAGUAUUAUUUGUCUAACUUGGCUUGUUCUUUGAAUAGAGCCAAAAUUCGAUUAUUCCCUUUCUGGAAUGUCAAGUAUGUACAAUACAAAAUAAUAAAAAUUAUGUUGAAUAUCAA